AUGUCAGGUUUAGGAGCACGGGUCACCACAUAUGGCAAAAAGAAGACUCAAAUCAUCUCAAUCCACAGCGACAUCUCUAAACCUAUCGUACCAUCAUCCCCUUUACCCUCACACAUACAAAUCAAGACCAAACGACCCGUACUUCAAACGAAACUAUCCAAUGAUAUCUCAAAUCUUCCCUCUACGCCAUUGCCUCCUUCUAAGAUUAACAAAGCAAAAAGCAAAAUAAUCGAAGAUGAAGUUCAACCAAUAUCGGUGCCUUCAAGUCCCGAAAUCAUUUUCAAAGCUCAUAAAAGAGUGAACCGACCAGGUAAAGUCGUUAUACCCAGAUCAUCCAUCUCAUCCCCACCAUCAGCAUCAGCAAUCAAAACAAAACCCAGAUCCAGAAAGAGUAUUCCAGAAGUAGUUAUACCUACUUCAAGAAAGGUUAAACCUUUAGGUGAAUUGACUAAACAAUUCAAAGAAAUAAGCAUCGAGGAUGCUCCCUUGUCUGCCGCUAAGGAUAUAUCACCUAUAGAGGAUUCUCAAAUCGCUCUUGACGAUUUGCUAUCAACCUGCUCUUCGGCUACUAUUGGUCAAUUUACGAAUUUCCUGGAAGGGUGUCAAUUGCCAGAGUAUGGAAGUAUAAGAAAAGUUGGAGAAGCAUCGUAUUCUGAAGUAUUUGGAUUGGUAGUAGCUGAAGAGGUGGAAUUCGUAUUGAAGGUGAUCCCAUUGCUUUCAUCGAUGAGAUUGGAUAAGACGGAUGGGCCGAUGCCUGAUUGUACCAAGAUGGAAGACGUGAAGAGGGAAAUUGAGGUGACUAAGAGGAUGAGUCAAGUGCCAGGUGGUGGUUUCGUGCAGUAUAUCGGAUCAUAUGUGGUUGAAGGUGUAUAUCCUCAGCAGCUGUUGGAACAAUGGGACGAGUACAAAGGGACUGAAGGUUCAGCAAGUGUUAGACCAUCCGCCCUCUCCUCUACGCAGAAAUACUGCCUCCUUCUGCUCUCCCACGCUGGCACAGAUCUCGAAACGUUCAAAUUCUCUCAAACCCAAGGAUGGCUUCAGGCUGCUGGGGUGUUCUGGCAGAUAGUCUCCUCUCUUGCCAGGGCAGAGAGGUGGACAGAAUUUGAGCAUCGAGAUUUGCAUGAAGGACAAAUUCUCAUUCAUCCUUCCAAGCCGACCCAUGAUGAUGAUGAAAAAAAUUACUUGAACCCUUCUGCAAGCGGGGUGCAAACUACAAUAAUUGAUUUUGGCCUGUCACGCUUGACGAUACCCGUUUCAGAUCAUUCGGAUUCGGUUUGGACGGAGAUACCGAAGGAAGUGUACGAAGGUAAAGGUGCUCAGUGGGAUUCGUAUAGGUUGAUGAGGGAUAAGGUCGAAAGCGAGAAAGGGAUGGAAGGGUGGAAGGGUUUCAACCCUAUUACAAACGUUAUGUGGCUCCAGUACAUCCUUACCUACAUGUUGAACACCAAACUGCCCCGUCAACUGCGACAACCCAAUCGUCGAUCAUCAAGAGCUAUCAAAACCUACGAAAGGGAAGAAAGGGCAAUGAAUAUCUUGCAACAGGCUGAAAAACUGUUAGGAUGGAGUAUCGAUAUUGAUAAAGACAAGAAACGCAAAGGUUUGAGAGGUCAGGUGGAAUAUGGGGAAGAAGAUAGGUUGAAGAGCGCGAAGGACAUUUUGGAUUGGGGUGUGAGAGAGGGUUGGGUAACAAUUGAGACCAGCUUCAUGAAAACAGAAUCUGGCUUUUAA